GUUGACUGCUAUCCUGGUUACCAACCAACACAACAGAGAAAAAUAAGUAAAUAAAAACUCGGUCAUUUCGAAGCUAAUUGCUGAUAAAGUUAUAACUGGACUUGAAGAAAAACACUGCACAGAUUUCAAAUGUCUUGAAUGAUUUGCCUUCUUCAAAAUAUGGGAUAGUACCCGAGAACAUAAUCUGCAGCACACAAUGGAUUACAAGGAGAGUAAGACAUACCAACGGGAGAAGCUUGGCUCUGCUGUAGAUGGUACUCUGGAUGAAUAUUUAAUUGCCCUCCAGCACAAAAACAGGAUCUUAAAGCGACUCAGAGCCAAAAACCCCAGGGAAAUUGAGUUGGAACGACUUGAGCAAGGUUUUUCAAUUUAUCUCAAUGGAGCCAAUGCCGAAUCUAGUAAGACGCACCUCAAGGGCCCAAACAACAAGUCUGCCACCUCUCUCCCUGCCUGGAGGCCUUCACAUACAGCUGAUGUCUGUAGAAGCGCCCACCAGUUAACUGAAGAUAGUCGUAAUUUGGAUCAGACCAACAAAAAGAGAAGCCAAACCGCCCCAGAAAAGGCCCGAAGGAAGGAAUGGAUGCAGGAUUCUAUUAAAAUUCGAACAGAGGAUGGCCCAAGUUUGCACAUAUCUCCAGAGAAGCGCUACACCGAUGAUUUUGAGCCUUAUGAAAGUGUAGACAUGGAGAACUCAAGUCCUCGCUCACCACGUAGUCUGUGCUACCAGAGAGACACCUGCAAAGUUUCACAGUCCUUCAGCUUCCGGUCAGAAAACCAGGGAGUCCGAGCAAACCAGGAGCAUAGUGAGAAGGUGUUACUAAACCUUGAAGAAGUGAAGGUUUUGCGUCAGAGCCUGGAGGUUAGCAUGCGAAGGACCAGCAGUGGCUCAGCCGGGGAGGAGUCAGACGAAGAGUGGGUAGAGGAGCAGAUAGAGAGGGAGGAGAGCACUGAGAGUCUAGACGAACUAGGACUGCCUCUCUCCUCCUCCAAGUCCUCCUCUAACUCUCGGCAAAGUGGGACUCGUAGCCAUUUUGACUCAACAGACCUAAUUGUCCUGGACUUUGGACCCUCCUCUAAAGGUCGUAAGAUUGAGCGUUCUCUAUCUGCAAAAAGAAAAGAAAGCGUUGACACCUUCAUACCCACCAAGCCUAUGCUGGUGAAGAGCAAAACAUUAGAUAGGCCACCUUCAAAAGAGAGCUGGGAUGGUCAGAAGCCAGGGAGUUGGGUGGAUAGGCCCCUGUCAGCAGCCAGAAAAACUUCUUUUGAAGAGCGAGACUCUGAAGAGGUUGCAUACAGAGUAUGCCAGGCCAUACAGAGAGAAAAUACCCCUAUGCAGAACACGGAGCUCUUCAGUCACAACAUGGCCUGGGGACACCAGAUGAUAAAUGGCUUAAAGCAUCACGACACAGAUGACAAGGAUGAGAACAACGUCACUCUGGCUAUGCAGAGAAUAACACUCAUGGGCCCCAGGCAACAACAGAAACUGCUGAAAGCCUUGGAGAAACUUGACGCUAUACCCAGCCACAACAUUCCCCAGAAUAUCCAAACAGACUACAGCAGGCAGCUGAGAGUCCAGUCAUCAGCAGAGGUCACCCCUGCUUUGUAUGUUACCAUGGAGAUCUUGUCAAACUGGGGGAACGCACUGCAGGUCGGGCUAACUGAGUUGCAGUUCUUCUGCCUGAGAAACAAGAAGUUGUAUGUGUCGCAUCAUGACCUAGAUAUCAGGAACGCUGACCACCCAGGGAAUCUCGGGGUUCUUGUCAAUGGAAAGGUGAAGACCACAAAAGAGCGUCACAUGUGGACAUGCCCCUUCCAUCCUCCAAUCCAACUCUACUUCAUCAUCAGAAACACGGAGUGCUCCCUAGAUUUUGGAAUAUCUUGCAUAAAGAUCUGGAACUACAACAGAAGCCUCAAUGAGCUUGAUGUUGGUGCACGCCACAUAAAGCUGUAUCUUAACAGCACAUUGGUGUUUGAAGGUGAACUGGAGAAGGGCUGUGGAAACCAAGUCUUUGACUACAGUACCACAAUUGAUCUGAAGGAUUUCCAGAUCCCGGACUUCUCCAGUCCUGUGUCUUCGGGACACAAUCUUCGAGGUGCAAGCCCCCAUCGCUAUGAGAACAGGAAGGGUGGUGAGGGAAGUUGCACUCAGCGAUACCAGAGUUCAAAUACCCUGUCAGGUUCAGCAAGCCAGACUAUGGUAGACAUGCAGGAGAAAUCACAUACACCACUACCACCCAUCACUCCUUCAGCAGGUGUUUCAUUUUCUACUCGUCACUCCUCCAGCCAAAGAAACUCUUUUGACCUGUCAGCUUCAGAUGAGCCCCACUCCCCCAGGCAGCAGUUGGAACAGCCAGCACCCAAGGAACAGACAGUCACCACCCAGCCAUCCUCAUCUCGGGUUGCCCCCCAAUGGCUUCAGCCUCUGAGCAGAGGUGCUCCAGAGGGCUGUGAGACCAACAGGGAGAGGCCACGGUGGCUGGUACCUCAGCAUUCAGCAGAAUUUAAACCGCCACCAGCCUCAUCCUCUUCCAUGCUCCCAGAGCUGCCUUGUAACCCAGCCCGGGUAUGCAGAGGGGUGGAUAGGACGGUGAAUGGGAGUCAGUGGAAGGCUGACUCUUUGGAUCUGAGCUCCGACCUGUUGGAGGAGCUUGGGGAUGGACAAAAGCCAGACAGACCAAUCAGUGGACGCAGGAGUUCGUUCAGAAAUCCCUCAGUCACUGCCGGGCAGGCAGAGGAGCAACACCAGAGAGCUGCAGCAGUGGCAAACACAGAGGAGCCGAUGUCUUUGGUGAGCACAAGCAGGAGGCAGAGCAGUUCCCGGGCCCAGCUGCACAGCCAGCAGGAUGACACCCUCAUGGAGUCCUGGGACUCUCUCACUAAGUUCAACCAAUGUCAGCGUGGGCGCAUCUCUAACAUGGGGUUUGAAGGUGACAUCUUUGAUGAGUUCCUUCAGCGUCAUGGACGUGGUCCUCCCACAGUCCCACUUAACCCCUCCACAGCACCCAGGAAUCUGUUGUCUUCCCUGACUACCCAGGGACCUUCAUGUGAAGGCCCUGAUGAUGAUUCAUCCAUGGAGAGGGAGGAUGACUUUGAGAUUCCAGUGUUGCCACAGGGCCAAAGGUUGGUUAUCAACAUUUUGUCCACAUGGGGUGAUCGCCACUAUGUGGGUCUCAAUGGCCUGGAGGUGUUCAGUUCUAGUGGAGAGCCUCUUCAGCCUGCUCACAUCCGUGCCGACCCCCCAGACAUCAACAUUCUCCCAGCAUAUGGCAAGGAUCCACGUGUGGUCACUAACUUGAUUGAUGGCAUCAAUCGCACUCAGGAUGACAUGCAUCUUUGGCUAGCUCCAUUCACACCCGGCCGUAGCCACACCAUCUUCCUGGACUUUGGAACUUUGUAUCAAGUUGCCAUGAUCCGUGUAUGGAACUACAACAAGUCACGUAUCCAUUCAUUCCGCGGUGUGAAAGAGGUGGAGAUGCUCCUGGAUGGAAGGUGCAUCUUCAGAGGAGAAAUUGCCAAGGCCUCUGGAACACUUUCUGGAGAAUUGGACCAGUUUGGGGACACUAUCCUCUUUACCACUGAUGAUGAGAUCCUGGAGGCUAUGUCGCGCUAUGAUGAAACCUUCCUCAGUGAAGGAGAGGGUCCUGAGAGCUUGGUGUAUGAGGAGGAGCUGCAGAGACCACGCACUGCGGAUGGAGAGGGUGAGGAAAGACCUUUCACACAGGCUGGUUUCAGAGAAGAAGAUUUCACUUUGAAACUUCAACUCAAUCCCAAUGUGAGCCAAUCUGAGGAAAGUUUGGAGCACAUUCCUGGGAUGUUCACUGGAAAGUGCCUUAGACUGGAGCUGAUGAUGACUUGGGGUGAUGUCCAUUAUAUGGGCCUGACAGGACUGGAGGUGGUGGGGAAAGAUGGUGAGAGCUUACCUUUAGAUAUCAGUAUGAUGGCUGCCUCACCGAGGGACCUCAACGACCUACCUGAGUACGGGCAUGACUUGCGCACACUUGACAAGCUCAUUGAUGGCCACAACAUUACCACUGAUGACCAGCACAUGUGGCUGAUCCCUUUUUCCUCUGGAGAGCCCCACAUCUUGAACUUUACCUUCACCAAGGUCCAGACCAUCGCUGGCCUUCGUAUCUGGAACUAUAACAAGUCACCUGAGGACUCAUACAGAGGGGUGAAAGUCAUGCAUUUGUACAUGGAUGAUGCUGCCAUCUCCCCAACGGAGGGAUUCCUGAUCAGAAAAGGACCAGGCAAUUGCCACUUUGACUUUGCCCAGGAGAUCAUCUUUGUUGACUUCCUUCAGACGCCCACUGAUAACAAGAGCAACGAAGACUCCCACAGAGGAACCUCUAAAAAACAAGAACAAGCCAGCAUGGACUAUGAAGCUCCCAUCAUGCCUUGUGGGUUCAUCUUUCAGCUGCAGCUGUUGACAACCUGGGGAGAUCCUUACUACAUUGGUCUGAACGGCCUGGAGUUUUACAACCAGAACCACACAAAGAUCAGUCUCAGUGACAACAACAUUGCAGCUUUUCCAGACAGUGUGAAUGUACUGGACAAUGUGAGUGGUGAUGUUAGAACUCCAGAUAAAUUAAUAGAUGGACUCAACGACACCCACGAUGGCAGACACAUGUGGUUAGCUCCGGUGCUACCUGGACUGGUAAACCGCGUGUAUGUCAUCUUUGAUCAGCCAGUGACAGUGUCUAUGAUCAAGCUGUGGAACUACUCAAAGACACCUCAAAGAGGAGUAAAAGAGUUUGGGCUACUGGUGGACGACCUUCUGGUGUAUAAUGGCAUCUUGGACAGUGUAGGCCACACAUCACGAGGCAUUCUGCCAACCUGUGACCCAGUGGUGCCCUACCACACCAUCCUGUUCACAGACGAUGUCUACAUCGCACAUCGUGAGAGGAACACAGUCAUCAGCCCUCGUGGCAGCAGACUUCACCAACAUAAUCAUGUGGAGGAUCAGGAUGUGAAGAUGACCAAUGAGAAUCAGAUAGUUCAUCACAACAAGAAGAAGCAGACAGCAGAUCCAGCUCUGCGACCUAAAACCUGCAUGACUGAUGGUGGGAAACAUGGGAAAAGGAGGUACUAACUGAGGAACAGAUGGACAUGAAUUCAGUGUUUAUAAUUACAGAGCAGAACUGAACUGGGGCACCUAUGGCUGACUGUUACGCUCCACUUUUUGGUGGGUGACUUUUUGAAAUCUUUUACAUAAAGAUUUAAAGCAGUCUUGCCGUCUCAUUUCACAACGGAGUCAUGCAGAAGAACGAGCCUGGAGAUUAGGUUUGUACACACACAAAUGCACUGGAUUCCACUUUAUGGUUGGAUAACCUCUCUGUCCUUUUGCUGUGAAAACACACACACACGUAACCCCAAAUAUGUACUGUAUCUUACAUGUCAUCCCUCCCACAGUGCCAAGAGAUAUCUGAGGUUGCAUUUUAUCAGCCCAGUUAUUGUGCCUAGUACUAAACAUUAUAUCUGUGGCUGCUACUUGUGACUUUUGUGCUGCAUAUUCUAAUGCUGCUUGUGGCAUGUAAAUAUACUUGGAAAAGAAAAAAAAAAAGCUCCGUGGCCAGAGGACUACACCCA